AAAGAACCCAUCUUCUUUAAAUCUUCUUACUUUCAAAAGGGUGGACCUUUUUACAGUUUAAUCCCUGUUCACUAAUGUUACACGAGGUAAAUGCAUGGAUCGAAGGGAUGCUAUGGCGUUAUCGGGCUCUGCGUCUUACUAUAUGCAACAAAGAGGAAUAACUGGCUCAGGGACACAAACUGGGGUUCAGGGAUCACCAGGCAUUCAUCCAUUAUUGAAUCCAAAUGUUCAAUACCAAACAAGUGCCGCUACUAUGGGAGCAACCUUACCUGUAGAGCCUUUGUCGGGAAUGACCCCUCAUAGUGUCAGUGUAGGCUCGCCUCCUGCAGUGCCGCCUACUGAGCCCGUGAAGCGUAAAAGAGGGAGACCUCGAAAGUAUGGAUCGGAUGGAACUGUUUCAUUAGCACUAACUCCUGCAUCGGCUACUCAUCCUGGAACAAUAACUCCAACCCAAAAACGGGGAAGAGGGCGGCCGUUGGGUACCGGAAGGAAGCAACAGUUGUCUUCCCUGGGUGAAUUGCUGGCUGGUUCAGCUGGGAUGAGUUUUAAUCCACAUGUCAUCACCAUUGCGAUUGGAGAAGACAUUGCCACAAAAUUAAUGUCAUUUUCACAGCAAGGGCCAAGAGAAGUAUGCAUUUUGUCAGCCAGUGGUGCCAUCUCAACUGUUACUCUUCGCCAGCCAUCUUCGUUGGGUGGCACCGUUACAUACAAGGGACGAUUCGAGAUAGUAUGUUUGUCGGGCUGUUACCUGUUGACAAGCAAUAGUGUCUCUAGCAAUCGAACUGGCGGUCUUAGUGUCUCUCUUGCCAGUCCGGAUGGCCGUGUCAUCGGUGGAGGUGUUGGAGGAAUGCUUAUUGCAGCAAGCCCAGUCCAGGUGAUUGUCGGAAGUUUUGUCCGGGGUGGUUCAAAGACAAAGAACAAGGAAAGGGGAAGUCAAUAUGGUCUGAAAGACUCGAAUGAUCAGAUUGUCGACAACCUAGUAGCACCUCCUGGCAUUUCACCAAAUCAAAAUCUGACUCCAAGUUCGGCUGCAGGCGUGUUGCCUGGGCCACAAUCUAAUGGAUAUGUGUAAUAAUAGCCAUGUUGACAUUGAUCUAGUGCGAGGACGAUGAUACUCUUUACCUCCAGCAAUGUUUAUAUAGUUUGCUGUCGAAGGCCAUCGGAUUG